GUGCUUGAGUGAAUUUAAAUUGAUCUGAAAUGGGAAAUGACGUGCCUCGGCUAUUACGUUCUAGAAAGCAGACUGUGAUUCCAGAGCUGCAGUGGUACAGGGGAGGGAGCCAUGGCUAUUUAAAGAGGGUAAAAUAACACAAGAUCUUUAGUGCUGAGUAACCGCCUCCAAACAGACACGACAGGAUCAACUGGUCAUCUGUAUCGCGGUUUAAAGAGGCAGGAUUCGACACCGUAAACACCACGACGGUGCUUCCAUCCACGUCUCUUUCAGGAGACUGACGAAUCCUCGGGAAGCGGCGCCGACCGGGGUCUGCGCAGGAGAACAUGGGCAAAGAUUUUUACAAAAUUUUGGGAAUAGCGAAAGGAGCAUCAGACGACGACAUCAAAAAGGCGUACAAAAAGCAGGCUCUGAAAUGGCAUCCUGACAAAAACAAGACGGCCAACGCGGAGGAGAAAUUCAAGGAGGUCGCGGAGGCUUAUGAAGUUCUUAGUGAUCCAAAGAAAAGAGAAAUAUAUGACCAGCACGGCGAAGAGGGGCUUAAAGGAGGUGGAGGAGGGGUGUCUGACGGGCCAGGAGGCAACUUCACCUACACCUUCCACGGAGAUCCUCACGCGACGUUUGCCACGUUUUUCGGAGGAGCCAAUCCUUUCGAGAUAUUUUUUGGCAGGAAAGCCAAUGGACGAGAUGACGAUGACAUGGAGGUGGAUGGAAGUGACCCAUUUGGUUCUUUUACGAGUUUUAACAUAAAUGGAUUUCCACGCGAGCGGCACGUCGGUCAGGGCGGCCCUCCGCGCAGAAAACAGGACCCCGCGAUCCACCACGAGCUCCGGGUGUCUCUAGAGGAGGUGUUCCACGGGUGCACCAAGCGCAUGAAAAUCUCACGCAAGCGCUUGAACCCGGACGGGCGGACCUUGAGGACUGAGGACAAAAUCCUCACUAUUGAGAUCAAGCGUGGGUGGAAAGAGGGAACCAAAAUCACGUUUCCACGCGAGGGUGACGAAACGCCUAAUACUAUUCCUGCAGAUAUCGUGUUUGUCAUCAAAGACAAGCCUCACGCCCACUUUCGACGAGAGGGCUCUGAUAUCGUGUACCCGGUCCGGGUCAGUUUGCGCCAGUCAUUGUGUGGAAGCUCUGUCACCGUGUCGACGAUAGACGGUAAUACGUGCAAUAUGAAGAUAACGGAUGUUAUCAAACCCGGCAUGAGGAAGGUCAUUGCUGGACAAGGACUGCCUCUCCCAAAGAACCCCGAACAAAGAGGGGACCUCAUUGUGGAGUUUGAUGUGAACUUUCCUGACAGUCUGCCAUCUAAUGCCAAGGAUGUCCUCAAACGACACUUACCGACCUCAUAAAUUGAGCUUGGACAGACUUUUCUAUACGAACAACUCAGUCCACUAAUAUGACAAAUCAAAUUUUGAGAAUGUGCAAUUUCUAUUUUUUAUCUAAAUCUUUGUUAUGUUAUAUAUCUA